AUGGCUACCAGCAAUGGUGAUACAGUCCAGGCCCGAGUCCUCUGUCCGGAGAAACUGUCCCCAGACGGACUGGCUCUGCUUCGGAAAACCCUUAUUGUCGAUGAAAAGCAAGGUCUAACGCCGGAACAACUUAUCUCGAUCAUCCCGGAAUACGAUGCUCUGCUCGUCCGGUCUGAGACAAAGGUCACCAACGAUAUCCUGCAGGCAGGGCGGAAGUUGAAAGUAGUCGCCCGAGCCGGUGUUGGUGUGGAUAAUGUCGAUGUCCCUGCUGCAACGCGGCUGGGCAUUGUUGUGGUGAAUUCUCCAAGUGGGAAUAUUCAAGCUGCUGCCGAGCAUACUAUUGCCCUGUUGAUGAGCAUGGCGAGGAAUGUCCCCGAUGCAUGUGCAAGUCUCAAAGCAGGGAAAUGGGAGAGGAGCAGGCUUGUUGGUGUGGAGGUCAAGGGGAAGACGUUAGGGGUUGUGGGCUUAGGCAAAGUCGGCUUGAUUGUUGCUCGAAUGGCCCGGGGUCUGGGCAUGAAUGUCGUCGCAGCAGAUCCCUAUGCCUCCCCAUCAGUGGCAGCCGCUGCCAAUGUCCAACUCGUCGAGUCCCUGACCGAGCUUUUGCCUGUUGUCGACUUCCUCACCAUUCAUACACCAAUGCUUGCGGCAACCCGCGGUAUGCUGUCGACAGCCGAACUCAACUCGAUGAAACGGGGCGCCCGCAUCCUCAACGUAGCCCGUGGAGGCAUCAUUGAUGAAGAAGCCCUUCUGGCUGCCUUGGAAUCUGGUCAAAUAGCCGGCGCAGCAAUCGAUGUGUUUACUUCGGAACCACCACAUAAGGACCCAAACUCAUCCGCAGCAAAACUAGUCCAACAUCCCAAAUGCAUCGCAACACCACAUCUUGGUGCGUCGACGGUCGAAGCACAAGAAAACGUCUCCAUAGACGUCUGCGAACAGGUCCUCCAGAUAUUGGCGGGAGACCUACCGAGGAGCGCUGUGAACGCACCCAUUAUCCUACCCGCCGAAUACAAGACUCUUCAACCUUUUGUGAAACUGGUGGAAAAGAUGGGAUCUUUGUACACGCAACACUUUACGUCCCCUACACAGCCCCUCCACCAGAGGAACAUGAAUACGUUCGACCUCAUCUACGAGGGCGAGAUCGCAAACAUGUCGAGUACGAAACCGCUCUUUGCGGCCCUGAUCAAAGGGCUUACUUCACCUAUUUCUGAUGCCGAGGGGUUCAACGUCAACAUCGUCAAUGCGGAGAUGGUGGCCAAGGAGAGAGGGAUAUUUGUCAACGAGCAAAAGUCUCGAGACCCGUCCACGCAAGCGUAUUCGAGCUUGGUCACCCUCAUCGCACGACCUGCGAGCCGAUCUCCGUCGUUAAGCCGGCAUUCUAGCGCGCUUGAAGGACUCUCAAUAUCGUCCAAUGCAGCAGGCGACCAACAGGCACAGCCUGCCAGCAAGCAGCACAUCAUCUCCGGCUACUGCAGCGAUAACUCGCCCUUCAUUUCCCGGCUGGAUCGCUUCGCGACGUCCUUUGUGCCCGAAGGCACCUUGCUGAUCUGCCACAAUUAUGAUUCACCAGGCAAGAUUGGUGUCGUGGGCAGCAUCCUCGGCCGAGAAGGCGUCAAUAUCAACUUUAUGAGCGUGGCGCCCGCGACGUUCUCUGCUAACUUGGCCGCGAAAGGCUCAGCCCCUGCUCCCCCUCCUAAAGAGACGACCGAGGCACUCAUGAUACUGGGUGUGGACAAGGAGGUGGGUGACGACCUCAAGAGAGAGCUCGUCGGCGCCAAGGGCGUCUUGAGUGUCAGCAGCGUCACUCUUUGA